UGGGCUAGGAACGGGCUACACCAGCUAGGCGCGUUGCAGUGAGGUGCGGCUAGCGCGGAGUCGGGAGAUGUCGAGGUCGGAGGCUCAUUCUGGGUGCAAGGGAAUGAUGGACAAGCUCAAGGAAACAAGUCAAAAAUGAUGGGGUACCAAUAAUCUGCUGGCGGCUGCCAAUCAUAGAGCAAUAAUUACCUUAGAGGCAGAAUUGAUAUGACAAUUGUGACCUCAGGGCCGGCCAUGGACAGAGCGACUCUGGACCAGGUCAGCUUCCGGCUGAACCUGCGCACCCUCAGCAACCUGGUGAUGAGCAUCCCGCUGCUCGGCAUGAUCGCCUGCUUCGUCACCGCCAACAUCUUCCACGAGGACAUCAACCGCACGCGCUGUCCGGUGUACAACUUCAUCCCGUCUGUGAGCGCCAUCACGGGCGUCAGUCCGCAGCGCUACCUGUGGCGGCUCUGCAUGGCCGUGCACAUCAUCCCGCGCUGUCUUUUCGCCGUCGUCUGCUACAACCACUGGAUGCGCCAGCUGGCGAGCGUGCCGGCCGCGCGCCGCCUGCUCUACCGGCGCCUGGUGCGCGCCGCCUUCUGGGUGCACACCGCUGAGCUGGCCAGCCUGGCCGGCGUCACCUACGUCUCCAACAAGGAGAACUAUCCGGUGCACGAGAAGCUGUUCUCGUUCUUCCUGCUGUCGUGCAGCACGUACAUGCUGCUGGCACUGGCCGUCGAGCGGCUGGCCUACCCGCACAUGACGGCCGCCCAGCGCACCUCAGCGCGCUGCAAGGUGGCCAUCGUGCUGGUGUACGCGUCGCUUUUGCUCGGCCUCCUCUACUACUUCUGGAAGCAUCGGUUCUUCUGCGAGGAGCUCGCUUUAUCGUGGUUCUCGUUCUGCGAGUACUGCAUCUGCACCUGCAUCAUGGUGUUCAACGUGCUGGUGAUCCGCGACAUCCCGGACUUCUGUCUGACCGUCGGCCGGCCGCUGCCCGUCACAGCCAACGGCACGGGCGCGCCACUCAAGACCGACUAGCGGCACGGCCUCCCCCGGUGGCACGCGGUCGGUCUGUGCACCCCUCCCCCUCCCCCCGGCCGGUGGUCGGGCUCGCCGCCGCCGCGCAGGGCUGGCCUCAGUCCUGGGCGGACGCAACGACCUCCCCUGCCGUCAGCGAUCGAGUACCGUUCAAUCAGCGCGUGUGUGGGUGGGUGCUGGCGUGUUUCUGAACCGUGGCGGUCGGUGAGCGGCCGUCCUCAGUCUGGGCCGCGCACCGGCAGCUGCGGCUGGUCCGCCGUCGGGACACCCUCCCGAUCUCAGCCGAACGAUUCUGGUCGAACGUAGUCGC